AUGUCCGACCCAAGUCUCUACACAUAUCCCUCUCCGCUAAAAGGCUACGAAGGUCUCGAUCCUCUACCAAACGAAAAAGCCCCCGACGGAAAAUCCUACCUCAACCCGCCCUCCUCCCAAAAAAGCCCAGCAUACACCUCCUUCCCCUCGCCCAUCACAAACGGCACACGCGGCGGCUUCGACAUACACAUCUACUUUCUGCAAAGCGACGACGAAGAGCUGAAAUUCGCAAAUGAGCUCUGGGAACGGAUUAGGCGCGAGUGUACGUAUACCUACACCCCUAUCUACAUCUACAUCUACAUCUACAUCUACAUCUACAUCUACAUCUACAUCUACAUCUACAUCUACAUCUACAUCUACAUCUCAUGCUAA